CUGAGAACCGGAGACCUUGAGACCCUGUGAAGGAGGCAGCACCGAGAUCGAAUCAUGGCGGACAAGAUGACAUCCCUGGCCCACGCUUUGUCGAAAACUUCACUGGACCUGAGUGAAUCGAGCGACGUGUCUCCCAGUCGCGCUCAGCUGCAGACGUGCCGCAGGAGGAAGCUGUUGAGCUGCAGCUCGCUGGAAACCAGUAAGCUGGUUCCUCCGCCCGCUGUGGAGAAGAACGUGCUGGUCCUCUACACCGGGGGAACCAUCGGGAUGACCCCGUCUCCUGAAGGGCUCGUACCAGAGCCCCGUGCGCUAGUGGAAUACCUGCGCAAGCUGCCCUUCUUCAAUGAUGCGAAAUAUGCCGAGAAGUCUUCCCUGUAUGAAUACUAUUCCAAUAAGGACACCCUGGUCAUGCCGUAAGUGCGCCCACCUCCAUGCUCAAUCAACUUAAGACUUGAUCUAUCUUCCAGGGUGACUAAGGCCAAUAAUAGGAUUAUCUACACUAUCUUGGAGUACAACCCUUUGCUGGACUCCUCAAAUAUGACCCCAGAGGACUGGGUGACAAUUGGAAAGGACAUUGAGAAAUACUAUAGAGACUACGAUGGUUUCGUGAUCCUUCAUGGCACAGACACCAUGGCUUACACAGCCUCUGCCCUGUCCUUCAUAUGUGAACAUCUGGGCAAACCGGUCGUUGUCACCGGCUCACAGGUGCCUAUCUAUGAGAUAAGGAACGACGGCAGAGGCAACCUGCUGGGGGCGCUGCUGAUCGCUGGCCAGUUUGUCAUUCCUGAGGUGUGUCUGUAUUUCGACAACAAACUCUUCCGAGGGAAUCGCACGACCAAGGUGGAUGCUGGGAGUUACAACGCAUUCUCGUCUCCUAACCUUGGUCCACUGGCCACAGCUGAAAUCGACAUUAAAGUCAACUGGGAUGAGGCUUGGAAACCAUACAUCUCAGGCACGUUUCAAGUCAGCACCAAGCUGAGCCUUAACAUCGGCGUGCUCAGGCUCUUCCCAGGAAUCACUUGUGCCACUGUGAAGGCUUUCCUGCAGCCGCCCAUGAAGGGCGUGGUCAUGGAGACCUACGGCGCCGGGAACGCUCCCGACAACCGCCCUGACCUGAUAGCGGAGCUGAAGGAGGCCACUGACUCUGGCAUCAUCAUCAUGAACUGCACACAGUGUCUGAUCGGCACCGUGGUCGCAACGUAUGCCACCGGAGAGGCGUUGCUGAAGGCCGGGCUGAUACCUGGUGGGGACAUGACUCCAGAGGCGGCCCUGACAAAGCUGUCCUAUGUGUUGGCCAAGAAGGAUGAUGAUCUAAAGGCAAUGAAAAAGAUGAUGGGUGAAAACCUGCGAGGUGAAAUGAGCUGCGAAGAGAAACCCAAGCUGGGUCUCAGAGACAUCCGCUUCAUCCAGGUCAUCGCUAAGUGUCUGAGCGUCAGCUGCAAGGAGGAACUGGAAGACAUCCGUGACGCUCUAACUCCUUCACUGGCUUGUGCUGCCGCUAAGAUUGGAGACAAAGAAGCUUUAAAAGCCCUGAAAGAAAUGAGCACCAACUUGCGUCAAGGAGACUACGACGGACGUACACCCCUGCACGUGGCGGCCUGUGAGGGCCACUUGGAUCUGGUGGAGUAUCUUCUGAGUCAGGGAGCUACGGUCUUCGCUAAAGAUCGCUACGGGGAUACACCCCUAUGCAAUGCUGUACACUUCAGACACAAGGAAGUCGUGAAGCUGCUGAGAAAGACUGGAGCUCACUUCUCCAGAGACAAGCUGGAGGAAGCAGGAACAGAGCUGUGCAGCCUGGCAUCCAUUGGUGACCUGGAGGGCCUGGAGAUCUGGAUGCUUGCUGGAGCUGACCUGACCAAACCAGGCUACGACGGACAGACGGCACUUCAAGUGGCCCAGGCUGUCGGCAAAGUUGAAGUCUUGGCAUUUUUAGUUCCGUUCUUGAACCAGAUUGUCUGAGCGAUCCAGUUCCCCGCCACGCCUGCGGCACAGGGAGGUGACGCCGCCCCGACCGACAGGAAGCUGCCCUCCACUUGCGUCCACUUCCUUCCCGAGCCGUCCCCCACACGCCGCCCACCCUCCUGCUGAAUGUCCCAGUUGCACUCACUUUUGAAUGUCUGCUUGUUUGUUUGUCUUUGAAAGCCAAUCACUGCCCACACGAAAGCCAGUUAAGAAUUGUCCAUGAAGGGCACCAAUGUUUGUACACGUACAUACACACAUAGGAAAUGUAUUAUCCUGCUGAAUGUUUUGAUUUUAAUUUCUGUCGAUGAACAUUGAACAACAGCCUGAGUUAUUGUUCUGUCAAGUCAGGGAAUUCAGAGCUUCGCCUGAGCUGUUCUGUCACGGAGACCUGCUGAAACUUCCAAUGUCUCCACGAACAGCUAAGGAUGGCGAUGAAACGGUUUUUUUAGCAGACAAUGUUGAAAAGAGCACAUUACUUAAAUAAGUAUUGUUUUACUUUUCUAAAGCAAUAUAUUCCUCAUAUCUCAGAAGCACAGGGUACCUUCACAGAUCUUAUUUGUAUGGUUAUUUUUAUAGUAAGAUGCUUGUAAAGUAUUUAGUUUUCUGGAGUAUGAACCAACUGUAGCAUUUGACUCAGGUCUAAAGUGUAGUAAAGUGUGAAGUCUGGUCUCGAAGCUGUGAUUCUCACUUCCGUCUGCACAAACGGGAAUAACAAAAACCGUCCAGACUCAUCCAGCCUGUUUCUUUGUGCCGUUCGUCGAGCUGAAAGAGUCACAUCUCUCCUUUUGAAAUGUAAAAGAAGAAAUUUAAUCGAAAACCCCCGUCAAACCACCUCAGUUUCUGUCUUCUGUCUUGUAUUUUAUUUGUGUGUGUGACGAUCACAAACACGCAACGUGUUGUUUUUUUAGUACGAGUAAAAGUUUAACAGCGCUACUCGGUAAUUUGAUAAAUUUGACUCUGUAAACCCAUACAUGUUCAUUUAUUUUCACGCUUUGAUGUAAGAAAAUGACAUAUGACUUUAAGUUGCAUAUUAAUACAUAUCAAUUGCUUCAAAUGAGCUGUUUUUUCACUGCUGUUAUUGUCCCAAUUUUGUGUAUUUUAAAAAUGCAAAACCCCGUGUGUGAAGCUGAUUCAGUGGUGUAUUUCUCCAAUGAAAAAUAAAUCUCUUGAAAUUAAA